UACCGGCGUUUAAAUCUAACCUAUAAAGCAAGGACAGGAAGCAAUGCUAGUAGUAGCAGUUUGUUCUCGGCGGUAGUCUCAAUCAUUUAUAUAAUUUCAACCUGCACGUUGCAAAAUACUCGAGCUUUAGAGGUCUGCAGAGACAAUCACAUGCAGUCAGUCAAUCUUCACCUCGCUGUACAUACCAACUAGCUACUGUACAUUUGAGCUGAUUUUAACAAACUUUUCCGACGUCGGUGUGUGAUAACAUCUUUUCCAUGAUGAUGCUUUACUCGACGUCGUUCAUGAGUUGGUUGGUUGUUAUGAUUGUUGUCAUUGCUGUCAUAAACGUCGAGGCUCAGUCACAGGGAAACACGUCCAACCAAACUAUUUCAACAAAUUCUACAAUCGAUGGAUAUGAAGGGCGCUUUACUUGCGUCAACAGUAGUCUGACCUUUGACAUUGAUGACGUAUGUGAUGGACAAUACCAGUGCCCGUAUUCAGAUGAUGAAUACAUUUGCGAUAAUGAAUAUUGCAGUUCAGCAGAAUACAUGUGUGACUACGAGGAUUCGUAUGAAUGUAUACCACUGGACUAUGUUUGCGAUGGAUAUGCUGACUGUGAACAGAACGGCAUCGAUGAGAUAUUAUGCGAUCCGCUAGAUUGCGUGCCGUCUUGUCGAUGUUCUGCUUACAGUGUAUCUUGUGAAGGGCGUAACAUUGUUGAUGAUACCAACAUUACAAAAUCAUCAAGAGAUCUAUAUUUUAUUGGGCAAUGGAUCAACGGAACGAAGAUGCCAUUAUCGAUGCCAUUCAACGUGACAACAUACCCGCUUUUACUACGAUUAAGGAUUUACAACACCGGACUAAGGGAACUUCUUCGAGCGGAUUUCCUGACACUGACAGAAAUCAGAAUUAUGAUAUUACAGUACAAUAACAUAUCUCGGAUUGAGGAUCUUAGUUUCAGCAAUUUGAACAAGUUGACCAUGCUGGAUUUGUCUCACAAUGUUAUUAGAUCAUUGUCAAAUGAUACCUUAAUAGGUUUGACUAGUCUGACAACUAUAGACCUGUCAUACAAUAGUAUAACACGGAUUGAGGAUUUCAGUUUCCGUGAUUUGAACAAAUUGACAACACUGUAUUUGUCUCGCAAUGUGAUUGAAUCAUUGUCGAGUGACACAUUUUCCGGUUUGACUAGUCUUACAAAAAUGGAUUUGUCUCACAAUGUUAUUAGAUCAUUGUCAAAUGAUACCUUUAUAGGUUUAACUAGUCUGACAACUAUAGACCUGUCAUACAAUAGUAUAACACGGAUUGAGGAUUUCAGUUUCCGUGAUUUAAACAAAUUGACAUCACUGUAUUUGUCUCGCAAUGUGAUUGAAUCAUUGUCGAGUGACACAUUUUCCGGUUUGACUAGUCUUACAGAAAUAGACCUGAGGUUCAACAGAAUUGCGGUUUUACCAGCGCGCGUUUUCAAAGCUUUUCACUUGGAAGACCUACUUAUUGAUCACGCGGGAAUCAUAGAACUGGAACCGGGAUGCUUUCAAGGAUUGGAGGCCCUUCAAAAUUUGGUACUGUAUAGAAAUAGCAUCACUUCACUGCCGUCUGGAGUAUUUAGAGGACUUGAGAGUAUCAUCUACCUACAUCUUUUUGAUAACAAAAUCUCCAAUAUUGAUGUUGAUGUUUUCAAAGGACUUAAUACUCUGGAGUUUCUUGACCUGACAAAUAAUUCAAUCAUAGAAUUGAGGAAGGGAUUGUUUGAAGAUCAAUCGAAUCUUACCUGGGUGUCUUUCUCUGACAACCCGCUGGAAUACAUCGAACCAGGGACUUUCCAGAAUCUGAGUCGGCUAGAAUAUCUAAACAUGGUGAAUGUCCAACUGACAAAUCUCGAACCAGAUACCUUCAAAGGGAUUACCUCCCUCGAAGGCUUGUCGACUGAUGACUACAGGCUUUGCUGUUUGUUCGACGAGACAGAUCUGUGCACCAUUGCUUCCUCGAACUUUCUGGACUCCUGCUCCCGUCUCAUGCCAAACACAAUCUUAAGGGUAGCACUGUGGGUCAUAGGGUUUGGCGCCCUCAUCGGCAAUACCAUAGUUCUUGUCUUUCGGUGUCGUACCGAUCAUUCAGUCAGCGCAAAGACUCAGGGACUGUUCAUCUCCAACCUUGCCAUAGCGGAUUUUCUGAUGGGAAUCUACAUGCUUAUAAUAUCGUCAGCAGAUGUGUACUAUGGAGAGUAUUUCUACCUCUACGCAGAGCAAUGGCGUGGAUCGGUCACUUGCAAAGUUGCAGGAUUCAUCGCUUUUCUAUCCAGCGAAACGUCCGUAUUCAUACUUGCGAUCAUUACGAUAGAUCGAGUUCUUUGCGUCGUGUUCCCCUUCGGUAAACUGAAGUUUCGGGCUACUUCUGCUCGCGUUGGUGUAGCGCUGAUAUGGGCCAUUGCGUUUGUAGUGAGCAUUGUUCCUUUGAUUGUUAGCUCCUAUAUCAGCGGUUUUUAUGGCCUGUCAGAUGUUUGUGUUGGACUCCCCCUCAAUGUUGAGUCUACAGAGACAGGAGAAUUAGUAUUUAAUAUCGAGAGAAGGGUGUGGGAAUACCUCCAAUAUGAAACGACUAAGCGACCAAGUUGGGUGUACUCGAUCGCCAUCUUUCUCGGUGUGAAUUUCUUGAUCUUCAUCCUCAUUCUGCUCUCCUAUGUCGUCAUAUUCGUUCACGUUCGCAAGUCGGCACGCAGUGUGGCCAAUCCGGCAAGCGGUUCGGUUAGCAGUGACCGCGCCCGGGAAGUGAAGCUGGCAACACGCAUGUCUAUCAUUGUCCUGACGGAUUUCUUUUGCUGGAUGCCGGUGAUCAUCAUGGGUAUCCUUUCGCAAACAGGUGCUGUCACCCUCCCGGUAUCCCUCUACGCAUGGAGCGUUGUCUUUAUCUUGCCUAUCAACGCAACCAUCAAUCCAUAUCUCUAUACCUUCAUUGCAAUAUGUGGUGGUUCAAAGACGAGAUCUACCUCAAACCCUACGCAAAAGACCACGGUGUCUGAAACACGAGCAUGAUGUAGAAGUAUUCAAAGUGAUGGUUUAAAAUCUACCACAAACCCUGCUCUAAAGAUCCGUUCCCUAAAUAACAUAUCUGAGACGCGAACAUGAAGUAGGAAUAUACUAUCUUAAUAUGUCGUCUCAAAGAUGAAUCUACCUUAAACUCUACUUUGAACACCCGUUAUACAUGUACAUGACCACCAUAUCUAAUACACGAGCAUGCUGUAGAGAUGUUCUCCUUAUAACAAAAUAAAUAGAUAAUGGACCGGGGAAA